CUUCAAAACUUGAGACUUACAACAUCAGAACAUCCGAAUAUGCGUAGCGCACGACUAAUCCCACUCUUCAUCUUACCCCUAGUUAUACCCGCCGCAGAACCCGAUGCGGACUCUGACCAUCUACGCCGGGUCCACGGACCAAUCCAAGUCCCCUUAGCCAAACCAAAAAUCCUGGAAGCCAUAAAGGGCAGUCACUAUACUCGGCACCAAGUCAGGGACCUGAAAGAAGAAAUCUGGGCGAUGUACCUCAAUCAGAAUAAAUUGGCUUCUCGGCAGGAGAGCUUCGAACGGUGGAUCCCAGUGCUAUCCAAGAAGGUCCAAAAAAGCUUCUUGAGUACGCUCAGGGAACCUGAACCUGAAUGCGCCUGAAAGCCGAGAAAAUCGGUCAUUCCCGGUGUAUUUUCCUUUACCGCAGGUGUCUGCACAGGUGACUACAACCUGCUUACAGAUUGAAUCGCGUGAUACUAGUCCUCGGCAUCACUCAGGUACUAAGAUACAUCAACACUAGC